CACUGAAUCUGUGAAAUUGAAUAUUCAACCAGACAGCUGUCGGCACCUAUGUAGUACUGUGGUGCCAUGGUCAGCCAUGUUCGGUGCUGCCUAUUAGGUUCCGGAUCGUGUUCUCCGGUUGUUUGCCAAAUCUCGCUCGCCCGUAGUAGGCCCGCACACACGACGCGCUAUCGGGCGCACCGAGAACCGCGACGAAGCUAAACUGUAAUCAACAAAUAAACAAACUGUCUAUAGCUGCAUCGAUGCUAAACAUAGUUGGCCGAGGGCAGCUGCUAGCAGCGCUGCCAUGGCAAUGCGAAUGCGCAAUUCGAAACAGUUGUUUGUUUAUUUUUUGAACUUCCUUCCAUUCUACAACCUUUGGGUUGAAUCCAAAAUGUGCAUGUCACAAACCCCCGGCCAGGGGAAUUCAAUGUUAAAGAAGCAUUCACCGUGACCGGUUAGUGCUUAUCAGUGCGAUGCAUUAUUUUUGGAAACGUACUUUGUUCCCUUGAGACCCUUUUUUAAGUUCGUACAAAAACAUGUAAAAGGUUAUCAGAGCUUGAGUUGUUGAACCCUCCGGCGUGAAGAGACCACAUUUUUAUGUUCCGCAUCCUGGUACGCGUUAUCGGCCCAGGGGAAAGCAUUCCAAUCAGUUAGCAUAAUUAGCUGAUUUGUUGUCCGUUGGUCCCACACAGUUUUAGGUGCGUAUACUGCAACAGCAGUCGAAUGUCUCUGUCCGAGGGCAGCGAUAGUGUUGGGAAUGUGUUUUUGUGAUCUUACGUAAGUGCAUUAUCUGAUCCGGACAAUCAGGGCUAGCAGAAUGCACCAACAAACCAUGAGUGGGAAUAGUGUACUACGUGCGAGUGCGCUAUGCUCAAUGAGGGACACGAAUGAUUGGAGUGGUAUUAAGUGCUCUUAAGAAAAUUCCUUUAUCAGCACAGAGGGGUUUUUUUUUUAAAUUUCCUACAAUCCAAGCAAGUGAAACAAUCUAUUCAUUCAUGAUUGAUAGACGGGAAUUCAUAAUUUAAAGGCGACUCUUUUAGAAAUAAUCAGCUUGAGAAGAGUUCUGAAGUUCAGUACAUGCAGCUAUGUGUGUUUUUGAAUGUUCUAUUUGUAUAAUUUGUAAUAAUUAUAAAUAUUAAAGGUUCCGCAAACACAUAGCGAAUGCAGCUCUCAUGUCCACUAGUAAACUUUCUACAUAAGACACAGAAAAGAACAUUUUAAAUGAGUGAUUUACAUUUCGAGCCACUGGGAACUUUGUAUUUCAAAGCGCUGAGAGCGAUCACUUGGCGAUCGUGGUUGCAUUAUCAAACAAGUUUGUUAAACACUUGAUCGCCUAAAAAUCCCACCAACAUUCAGGUUGCGCAAUGCCACCACUUCCACUGUACUGACACCAUUCUUAUGAGCUGUAUAGAAGUUAAUUUUAUUGUUUGUUGUAAAUUAUAAUUUUGUCUCCUCCUGUGCGCUCCUCCGUACGAGUCUGUACGGAAUUUGAUGCUGAUAAUAAACGCUUAAUGGUUGUCUUCUGAGCGCAGCAAAGUUGCCAAUUAAAUGUGCAAUUAUUUACUAUCGAUGGUGGAUUAACCAUUGGAAUUAAUUUGCCCCUUAACGUACGCAAAAGCUCAUCAAUUCUGGGCAAAGAAACCUUCAACGGAAUGUUAAUGGGAUGUUUGACCACAGUCCACAGGCCCGCUAAUGCUGUUGCGUUUGCAUAGUACAUUUGUGAAUCUGCGAUGUCGUCGUUCAAUACAGGGGGAAAUCAGAUGUAUUGAAGGUUUUUUUUUAUUACCGUUCGCAGCAAACCGUCGAUUAAAAGUGUGUUACUCUCGUACGCGAAUGAAUAAAACACACGGAUAAGUGUCAACCCAUGCGGCAAGGUGUGAAAAUUUCGGCACAGUCCUACGGGCAGAAACCGCGCCAGUGACUCAUUACGGGAAGUAAAGAGAGCCGGUUCGGUGUCGUCCGUGUACCCGAAAGUAACACACGGGAUAUCCCGUGCACAACCCGAAAUGUUUGAUUCAUCUUUUAUUGAUCGUUCAAAUUUGUGCCCGCAUAUAGGUGCAAAUCGGGUCCGAAACGCAAUAGUUAUGCUCCGAUGCAGCUUGAUUCACGCUCCUCUCAAGUACGCGCGCUCGGCGAGCAGUGUGAGCAGUGGCGACGGGUCCGGUGCGCGACCUUCAGCUGCUGCGAUGGACCCCAUUCCUAGCGCAACGAUUUUACGGCAACCACCGCGAUUGGGAGCCUUUCACUUAAGAACUGGCCUUUUAGUUCUGGUCGUUCUGGUAGUUCUGCACAUUUUUUGAAAAUUGGUACAAGUGCGUUGGCAGUCUAGCACAGUACGCACGGUUCAUGUUUCGCUGAUGUUUCGAAACUGGUUAAAACUAGUUCCAUGGAAUAGUUGUUUCCCAUCGCCGAUGAUGCGGUGACCCGAUCCACGUCAGAUGAUUAAUAGUACAACAGCAGGCGGCGGGGACUUUAUGUGGAAAUGGGGAGGUGAUUUUGUUGCUUCUGCUGGUUGGAAAGGAGGACGUCGUUCUGUGUGGAGAGAGGUUAGUACCUGUACUGCUCAUAGUGUGCUGAAAGUGUGUCUCUAUUCACAUCCAUUACACUAUGACCUCGAACCAUCCAUCUACUUUGAUAGCGCGCCCAUUGGACAAUUUAUGUUCGAAAGAGUUAAAGUACUACGCAUGCGUGGGAUGUGUGCAUUACAAUUGAGUGCAAAUUUCUACCCAUUCUAAACGCUUGGUGCGCGCUAAUGGAUCCGUUAUGUGUAGAUAACAGGAGCGUCAUCGUCGCUGGCAGUAGAUCUGAUAUUGCAUUACGUCCUCUUAAAUUGAUGAGGUCCGACAAAUUGCCGCAGAACUUUGUGCCACUCUGACAUCAUGUAUGUCUGGAUGUGGGCAUUUGCUCGUUGUUGUUUAGCUACCGUUUCAACCAGCUGUAAAUGGUGUGGAAUAGUUUCUUCUUCUUAUUUGUUUAAUAAUAUUGCUGAUACAACAGCGCGAUAAGCGAUAAGAGGACUGUUAUAAAGGAAAUCUUAACCAAGAGAUGUAAUAAAGCUAUAAAACUAGUGGCUUCUUCUUAUCUGUAGAUCAUUAGCGUAUCAUUCCACUACUUGGAGCGGGCAGAAUUACCCACUCUCUAAUUCCCCGGUAUGGUUCCGGUAAAAUCUAGACAUGUGUUAUAGUCAAUUUUCAAUAAAAAACAUAAUAGAAGAAAAACAGCAUUACUUGAUAGCGUACAACUUGUUGAUUCCGUGGGUAAUUUGAAGCACAAUCGGGUCGUCAAUAAUGUCUCCAUGCGUGUUUACCCAUGGGAUUGCAUAAGCAGCCCUAGCUAAUCGUUCAAACUUCCGAAACACGUGCCCACCAUCGUACUUCGAGGGGGUCCCUCGUGAUCAUCAUGCGAGCACGCGUUGACGUUUUGCUGGAUAAACCGAACCGGGUAAGCCACAGCGAAGGAGAGGUUAGUAAGCUGUGGUGGAUGUAAUGGUUGCUGUAAUUAAAUAUGCAUGCUGGUUUUACACUAAGGCGUGUGUGCACUUGGCUAGAGCAUGGGAAAUCCCCGGUAAAAUACGCGCCUCCGUCAGUCUAUACACACACAUACACAGGUCCACAGUUUAUGUUGCCGAACAAGUUUCAAACCGCACGGCGCAAGUCCUCCGGCGGUUACCGAUCAUCGAGCGUCGACGUCAGCAAAGUCACCGAACUGUAGUCGGGUCUGGUUAGCGGGCUGAACAAUGAUCGUGAUCGUCUUUGGCGAGCAGCAAUAGGGCGCCUCUCUCUCUCUCUCUCCCGAACAGAGUACUCUUGUCUCUGGUGUUUCUCACCUGUUCAUUUUUUUCCGGAAAUGCAUAUAUUUUUAUGUGUUAUUCCUAUCAAACAUUGUAGUAUGCAAUAAGAAUAACACUUCCCACUCAGGAUAGUUUACAAAAGGGCUUUAUAAUGCAACUUCCCCCUACCCGAAAGAUUCAAAAGACCGCUCCACUAGCCGAUAUAUUCCUCUCCGUGUCUUGGAAUUUCUCUCUCCGUCUUGCCAAACUUGCUCCAACGGCUAUGCGCGCACACUACCCGCGGGUCUAGCAAGUACACAAACCGCGGCUGCUGAGCUGGCUGAGAGAUGAGUUUUGGACCAGCGGGUGGGAGCAUUUUUCGCGCCAUUCCACCACCAUUCGCGGGCCAAUGCGCGGGAAAUCCCCCGGGUAGAUGGCUCCUCGUCGGUGUUGCCGCUCGCUGUAGACCGACCCGUAUAAAGCCGAUCGUAAACAAACCGAACGGUGACAGUUAGGCGCACGAUCGCUUCGAGAGCGGACGUUUCGGCCUCAUCUGUUUGAAGUGCUUUCCCCUUUUUCUGUGGUUGUUGCUUGCGCCAGCAUAACUAGCUCGUAGCCUUUCGGCGUGAAGUAGUGAAGAUUGUGAAAGGAAAAUUCAGCACAGCUCAGCUACAGCACAGGCUUUCAGUUACAGUUUCCCCGCAGGAAGAGUGGCGCGCCCUUGACCACAAACGAUCGGAAACUGCUUCCAGCUGUGUAGUCGAAAGUUGGGUGGAGCUGUGGAACUGCCAGUGGCUUUCGAGUAGUUAUUACAAUUGUGCGUGAGUGUCAAGAGAGAGAGGGGCUGUUCGAUUGGUUGAACUGACCGACAAACAUUGGUUCGUGAUUUAUGUUACUUCAGUUCUGCACUGGUGUGUUUUAAAGACUAUAACUGGAAGCUGGAACAAAAGAACUCUACAAGCAGCUAAAGAAAAGAGCCAACAGAGACUAAUAAGUGUACAAAAAUGAAAUUCGCUGCCAAGAAGGAGGAGUCGGACAGGAAAUGGAGCCUCGACCCGAUACAGCGGGCGAUGGGCCAGCUCGGCUGGUGGCACAUACUGGUCUGUGCCGUCGUCUUUCCGCUCAAAUUCCCCGUUGCCUGGCAUCAGAUGAGCAUCAUCUUCCUGGGCCCGUCCGUCAACUACACCUGUGCGUCGGACCCAUCGCUCGACCGGUGCGAUGCCGGCUGUACGAGCUGGACGUACGACAACAGCACCUUCGCGACGACCCUUACCAGCGAGUGGGAUCUGGUGUGCGGUAACGCAAACCUGGUCAAGCUCUCGCAAACCAUCUUCAUGUUUGGCAUUCUGGUCGGUGGGGUCGUCUUCGGAUCGCUGGCAGACAAAUAUGGACGAAGACCACCGUUGGUGAUUGCGGUCAUCAUUCAGCUGGUGACGGGUGUUGGCGCUGCUGUUAUCGGUUCGUUCUGGGUGUUUGUGGUGCUGCGUUUUCUUACGGCCGUGGCCACUGGCGGCACUAUGGUAACGAGCUUCGUUCUCGUGAUGGAGAUCAUCGGUCCGAAGUGGCGCGAACUGUUCUCCGUGCUCUACCAGAUCCCGUUCAACCUGGGCCAUCUGACGCUGGCCGGUUUCGCCUACUUCCUGCGCGAGUGGCGCCAGCUGCAGUUCGCCCUGUCGAUCUUCUCCGUGCUGAUGCUGUCGUACUACUGGCUGGUGCCGGAAUCGCCCCGCUACCUGUUUACGUCGGGCAAUGUGGACGGUGCGGUCACGGUGCUGGAGCAGGCGGCCAAACGUAACAACCUGCCGACCGACACCAUCCGCAACGACAUCGAGCAGUACGCGAAGGAGAAGACGCGCAACGCAUCGGCAAACGCGUCGAAGGGCAACGUGCUCGAUCUGUUCCGCACGCCCAACAUGCGCGCCAAAACGCUGUACAUGUGCUUCAACUGGUUCGUGUGCGGGCUGGCGUUCUUCGGUGUGGCCCAGUACAUCGGGCAUGCCGGUGGCGAUAUCUACACGAACGUGGCGAUCAGUGCGGCCCUCGAGCUGCCCGGCACGCUGCUGUGCAUCUACAUGAUGAAGGCGUACGGGCGCAAGAAGACGCUCAUCUUCUCGAACACGCUGACAGGCAUCUCCAUGCUGGCGAUCGCGUUCGUACCCAGCUCGGCCAGCGCACUGAACGUGGGCCUCGCCUCGGUCGGGCUGAUCGGCAUGAGCAUCAGCUUCCCCACCGUUUAUCUGUACGCGGGCGAGCUGUUCCCGACCGUGGUGCGCAAUGUGGGCAUCGGUACGGCAUCGAUGAUUGCGCGGUUCGGCUCGAUGAUUGCACCGUUCGUGGCGGGCAUGGGCUCGAUUGCGUACUGGCUGCCACCGUGCAUCUUCGGGCUGGUACCGCUGGUCGGUGCGUUCUGCGUCUUUUUCCUACCCGAAACGCAAGGCCAUCCGCUGCCCGAGACGCUGGAGGAUGGGGAAAACUUUGGCAAACGUCAGACGGCUGCCAACGGUGCGGCGGGUGUUGAGAAUGGCAAGCACUAGGCUGGCGUUUGUGUGGGAUGGGGAAUGAGCUAUGGUAGCAUUUUUUUUUAGAAUAGUGCAGUCAGUCCGUUCCUCUUUACCUCCGUUCGGAUGUGACAUUGCGGCACCUCUCGCUGUGCUGUGACAGUGCAUUAUCUCCCAAGGAACACUAUGUGUUCAGUAGCUGCGGAGGAAAGGGAAUGGUCGGAAUGUGUCCUAAUCGCUUAUGAGCGUGGAAGCGAAUAAAUGUAAACGAGUUUUUUUUAAAUAUAAAUUACCUCUUUAAGUAGCUCUAACAAGCAGUGGCAGAAAGCAUACAGCAAACCUCACGCAGGGCCUCCUCACAAUGACAAUGUAGCGAUAGAUCCAAACUCAGUUGUUAGCAUUGCAGAAGAAUCAAAA